CGCGUCGUCACGUCACGUCACUUCCCCGUCCCUCUCCUUCCUUCCUCCCUCCCUCCCCUGCUCCGCUUGCGGUUUGCCUUUGACCUCUUGAUUCAAACCACUUGCUGCUUCGUUUGUGUGGAUACUGGACGCCAUGGAGUUUAAGACAGUGCCCCACGAUGGCCGUGCCUCGGAAGCGUCCCUCAAGGGCAGCCAGCUCAUCACUGGCCACAUGGGCUAUGUCCCGGAAGACGGCAAGAGCGCCGCGCAAAUGCUCAGCGAUGGCGGUCUCACCUAUGAUGACUUUCUGAUUCUGCCUGGCUUCAUCGACUUUGUCCCGGAUGAUGUCAGCCUGCGCUCUCCCCUGACCCGCAACAUCUCCCUCAACGCUCCCCUCGUCUCCUCUCCCAUGGAUACAGUGACCGAGCACGAGAUGGCCAUUGCCAUGGCGCUGAUGGGUGGUAUUGGCAUCCUGCACCACAACUGUGAUGCCGAGCGUCAGGCCGAAAUGGUCCGCAUGGUCAAGAAAUACAAGCAAGGCUUCAUCAUGGACCCCGUUGUCCUGAGCCCCGAGGACUCUGUGGAGCGUGUGAUGGAGAUCAAGGCCAACCGUGGUUUCGGUGGUAUCCCCAUCACCGCCACCGGCAAAGUUGGCGGCAAGCUCUUGGGCAUUGUCACCUCCCGUGAUAUUGACUACUUGAACGCAGAGAGCUACGCCACGCCUGUCAGCGAGGUCAUGACCCCCGCCGAGCGCCUCAUGGUCGGCAACACCGAAAUGUCCCUCGACGACGCCAACGCCGUCAUGCAGGACGCUCGCAAGGGCAAGCUUCCCAUUGUGAACGACGAUUUCGAGCUUGUUGCGCUCAUCUCCCGCUCUGAUUUGAAGAAGAGCCGUGAGUACCCCGACUCUUCAAAGGACGCAAAGGGCCAGCUUUUGGUUGGCGCCGCCAUCGGCACCCGCGAACACGACCGUGAACGUCUUCGCUUGCUGGUCGAGGCCGGUGUUGAUGUGGUUGUGCUUGACAGCUCUCAAGGCAACAGCGUCUUCCAGAUUGGCAUGAUUCGCUUUAUCAAGGACAACUUCCCCCAAGUUGACGUCAUUGCCGGAAACGUUGUCACCGCCGCUCAGGCCAAGAACCUCAUCGACGCUGGUGCGGACGGCCUGCGCAUUGGUAUGGGCUCUGGCUCCAUCUGCAUCACCCAGGAGGUCAUGGCCGUCGGUCGGGCUCAGGCUACGGCCGUGUACAAGGUGUGCGAAUAUGCCCGUCGUUUUGGCAUUCCUUGCAUCGCCGAUGGCGGUAUCAAGACUGUGGGCCACAUCACCAAGGCUUUGGCCCUCGGUUCGUCCUGUGUCAUGAUGGGCAGCCUGUUGGCUGGUACGUCGGAGGCGCCCGGCGAGUACUUCUUCCAAGAUGGCGUGCGCCUCAAGAAAUACCGUGGCAUGGGCUCCCUCAACGCCAUGGAGAAGGAUGGUAGCCGUCACCGUUAUUUCAGCCAGGAGAAGGACAAGAUUCGCGUUGCUCAGGGUGUGACGGGCACCGUUGCCGAUAAGGGCUCAGUUCUUCGCUUUGUGCCCUACCUGUGCGCUGGUGUUCGCCAUGGUCUCCAGGACAUUGGCUGCCGUUCCACUGUCAGCCUUCGCGCGGCCAUGUAUGCUGGCGAGAUCCGUUUCGAGACCCGUACCGUCUCGGCGCAGAUGGAGGGUGGCGUGCACGGUCUCCACUCGUACGAGAAGCGUCUCUACUAAGUGGUUUUGAUUCGCUUUGGUGGUUUGCUUUUCUCCCUUCUCCUUCUUGAUGGUCUUUCUUUUUUUCAGAGGGCGCGCAUUGUGUUGAGAAGCAAGUGGCUGUUUGCUCUCGACUUGGGGGGAUGCAUUGCGGGUCGAGCCCGCCCGAUGAUCCUGUCGGUGCCUGUUGUCCCAGACGUGCGUGCUUUAUGUCUGUUUCUUUUCGCUGGUGUUUGCUGGCCAGUCAUGCGUGGUUGACAAAUUCAGUCAUCUGUUUUGCCGUGGUCGUCGCCGUGACCCAAUCGAGGAUGCCCACUUUUGGUGAAUACCUCGAUUUCUUAUCAGUUUUCAUGUCCACUCCACGUGUGAUAGCAUCGCUCUAAAUU